UAUUGAGUAUUUUCAGAAUGCAAAUAACGUCCGGCAUCAUGGCCGGAAACGCGGCGACGUCGGCAUGCGCCGGCCUCGGCAGCGAGGUCGUGCCGGCCGUCGUCUGCUACUCGUAUGACGCUGCCACGACGUCGUCGAUCAACUCGCCACACUCAUCGAUGGAGAUCGCUGCCACGAAGCAGCAGCGGCCAAGCACCGCCUCCGCUACGGACUGCGUUCGCCGAGCAGCCGUCGAUCACAUUUUGGAGUACUCUACUAGUGCUACAUUCACUGAAAACUGCACUUCUGACGCCCUGCAAAUCGCCAGGGAACAGCUUCGAAAGAUCUACAUAGCUGAGGCAUCACUUUUGCGGAAUAUGGAGGAGUGCAGUAGCUCGUCAGAUUUGGAUUCGUUGGUUGAGGCUCUGCAACGUUUGAGGAAUUUUGAAUCCGAUGUCCAACGACGGUUGUUCUCCCAUCUGCGACUGCUACAACCGUGACAUUCCACGCCGAUUCUCCACUCAGAACUAUCCAUGUCUCGUUCACCUUCCGCGUCUUUCCGUGUGUCUCUCGUGCAGGUGGCAUUACACUGAAAGAAGAGUCUGGCGCAGCGGCGACGAUACGCGCGCGCGCGCAACAGACUGUCCUGAGGAAUCUGUCUGUACAUAGAUGCUAGUUUUGAAACACUCAAGUGUGAUUCGACACUGUGAUAGUACAAGAGCAGUGCCAGUUCAUAUUGAUUCUUACAUUAGUUGAUUGUCACAUAAUAUGCUAAUAAUUAUUCAUCAUUAUCACAUCGGCGUUGGAAUUUUAUCAAAGUAUGAAAAAAUGAAGAAUAUGUUG